AUGGGUGUUGUUACUGGUGUUGCUGGAACUCCGCCCUCCAUUCGACGGCGCAUGGGACAAAUGCUCGCCCGCUCCACUCCUGACAUCAACGCGGAGUACACCCCUUUGGCUGCAGCUCAAGCAGACAGAUUACGGAGCCGCUUGAAAGCCUUUGAAAACGGAAAUCUUCCGAAAAUUCCCCAAGAAUUGCUGGCUCUCUUUCCACAGAACCUCCAACGUCAUGACUUUUCUGUUAUUGAGAAAAUGUGGAACCAUCUCACUUCAGCAGAAAAUCAGGACACCGACUUGAAUUCCAAUAAUGCAAGUAAGAAGACUAAAGAGCAGCAGCUUUCCGCAAUAAUGGAACUUCUUCAUACCGAAGCCUGUUACAUAAAAACCCUAGAGAUGCUUAUAGACGUUCACAUCGCAGUUUACCUUGACCUGACGAAAUCCACCACCUCGCCUCAUGAUUACGCCUACCGCAGCGGUUCCCUCAAUCGACUGGGCAUGGUGCCCUCCAUGGAUUCUAUAGUCCCCAAUGAACUGGCUCCCAGCACUCCCACCGCCAGCACCACCGGAUUGGGCAUGCGUCGGCGAUUUCGAGGGCGCGGGAGCCACGAUUUCACCUCCUCCUCCUCUUCCCUCAGCAACAUCUCCACCUUUUCCCUCUCGGAUUAUCCUGGUUUCACAGCUCCCCCAUUUGAAGACGUCUUUGGGAACAUUGGCAUUAUAUACAAAGUGAAUCAUCAGUUUUGGACUGAUUGCUUCGAGCCAGGGAUCAUCAAUGACAACACCAUUGAUGUGAAAUUUUGCAUUCGAAAUAUGAAAAAGGCCUUUUCACAGGUUAGUUUGGACCUUUAUCUUUCACCCGUUCCCAAGAUUAAUGAAUAA